AUGACUACAAUUGCUACAUUCACUAGAAACGUUUUGCUUGCCCUUGCCUUUGCCUUGGUUGCUGCUCAAGGUGCUGCUAUUCCUGAAGCCAACAAAAGAGACGACAGUCCUGGAUUCGUUGCUUUGGAUUUUGAUGUCACCAGAAAUCCCAUUGACUUGAACGCAACAUCCAAUGCUAUUCAAAAAAGACAACCGUUGUCUAUUCCAUUGUACUCAGAAGGUCCAUCGUAUGGUAUUCGUGUGUCAGUGGGGUCUGACCAGCAAGAAGUAAAAGUUAUUCUUGACACUGGUUCCAGUGACUUUUGGGUGGUUGAUAAGUCAGCAACUUGUCAAAGGCUCCAAUUUUGUAAAGCCUUUGGUACCUUCAAUCCACAAACCUCAAGUUCGUUCAAGUCAUUAGGUUCAAGUUUCCACAUUAAAUAUGGAGAUGGAACUACUUCAGAUGGUAUUUGGGCUGAGGAUACUGUAUCCAUCGGUGGUGUCUCAAUCACAAACCAACAGUUUGCUGAUGUGAAUAGCACUUCUGUUAACCAAGGAAUCUUGGGGGUGUCACGUCGUCAGACUGAAAGUGCUGAUCCAGAAUAUGAUAAUGUGCCUGCCACAUUGAAGAAGCAAGGAAAGAUCAAGACCAACGCUUACUCAUUAUUUUUAAAUGAGCCAGGUGCUUUAACAGGAACUAUCAUUUUUGGUGGUGUUGACAAUGCCAAAUACUCUGGAAACCUUGUUGAAGAAAAAGUGGACAUUGAUCGCUACUUGGGUAUCAGCUUGCAGUCUCUCAACUACGAUGGCAAUUCUAGAUCAACAAAUUUUAGCGCUGUUUUGGAUUCAGGAACUACAAUCACUUACUUGCCUGGCUCUUUAGUUGAAGAUCUUGCUAAAGAGGUUGGUGCGUUUUUGCUCCCAGUUGGUGUGGACAAUGAACUCUACUUUAUUAAUUGUCAUAAAAAUCAAGGUACAGCUUCAUUCACUUUUGACAAUGGUGCUAAGGUCGAUGUUCCAUUAUCAGAUUUCACCCUUCAAAAUACAUUAGGAACUUGUCUUUGGGGUUUACAGAAUGCGGAUAGUCACAAUGUCCCGCCAAUCUUGGGUGACAACUUCUUGAGACAUGCUUAUGUUGUUUACAACUUGGACAAGGAAACCAUCUCACUCGCUCAAGUAAAAUACACCUCUGAUUCAAACAUCACUGCUAUAUAG